AUUCCUUUCCAUCUCCAUCUUCGGUGAAGGUGAAUAUAGUUUUUCCGAUCAGAUCGCUUCGAGAUUUUCUGAACAAAAGGUCUAAUACAGCAUGUUGGAAGUUCCUGCCUUGCCUUGGUGGCUGAUAUGAUAUGCUUCUUUUGAUCACUUUGUCUAGUUUGAAUCCUGACUAACAUAACUCAAAGGGACUUCUCUAGACAGAUCAAAAAGAAAUGAAGAAGAAGCCCAGACUCUUGUGUUUUUCUUCUGUUCCUUCUCUCAAACAUCAAAAUCAGUGAAGUCUAGCCUUAAAGCUAAGAUCAAAACAGCGUAAACGCGAAAAAAGGAUUUUUGAUUAUGUAAGUGAGAUGAAUGUUCUAGUUUCUACAUCCUUUGGGUUCGAUUUUCUGUUGAAUUCUCAUCAGGGUGGUGGCAUAUACAAUUUGGUAUUUGAUUAGAAGGCUUCAGAAGUUCUGAACCAUCUGACUAUUUAGGUGUUUGAUAAGCAGUAAACAUAUAAAUCUAUGAUGAAUCUUUAUCAUGGUCCACAAAGGCUGCUCCUCCGUACGCCACCAGGUGCACCACCUAGUAAAGGUGGCAGAACACAUAGUUCUUACAGGGGUGAGACGAAUUUCGACACCAACAUGGUGAUUAUCCUGGCAGCCUUGCUAUGUGCACUUAUAUGUGUCCUUGGCCUAAACUCAAUUGUUCGUUGUGCCAUAAGAUGUAGCCGGAGGUUCGUCUUUGAGAGGACGGAUGAGGUGACUUCACGUCUAGCUGCAACAGGACUAAGGAAGAGACAGCUACGCCAGAUUCCGGUAGCUGUUUAUAGGUCAGGGACUAGUAUUCCGGCCAUGGAUUGUCCAAUUUGCCUCGGUGAAUUUAUGGAUGGUGAGAAGGUUAGAGUUCUGCCGAAGUGUCACCAUGGCUUUCAUGUGAGGUGUAUUGAUAUUUGGUUAGCUUCACACUCCUCCUGUCCAACCUGCCGGCAGUCAUUGCUUGAACAGCCAACAUCUUCCGAUGGACCGGAGUUGGAAGUCGGAUUGAGGCUGCCGGGAAAUGCAUCAGGAGGGCAUGGUGAUGUGCCAGAAGCUGUGGAAGAGAUAGGUUGAUCUAUCA